AUGUCUAACGGAGAGGCCGGCGCCGGCCUGGCGGCAUUCAAUGCCUCUAAAACAAAACAAAAGCGGGAAAGAUUGCCCAUAACAGUUGAUAAACCCAACCCCUACACAUUCGAUCUCGGCCGUCUCAUGGCCCUCGAUCCCAACCCGAUCAACCUUCCGCCAAACUCCCUCACCAACCCAACACUCCUCGACUCAACCCUAAAAUCCACCGCCCGCGAUGGCGCCCAAUGCCUCCUUAAUCAGCUCCUCACCGCAUGCCCCAUAACCAGCUCCUCCACCGAAGGUGUCCUUCUCACUCUACCUGCCCCAACGACGCCGCUACCCCGCUUCAAACCCCUCCCUACCCCGAAACCUCCCACGAAAUGGGAGCUUUUUGCGCGCAAGAAGGGCAUUGGCAAAUAUAACACGAAACUUGGCGCCAAUGAGGCGGAGCGAAGAAAGAAGUUAGUAUACGAUGAGGAGAAAGGCGAGUGGGUACCUAGAUGGGGUUACAAAGGGAAGAAUAAGGCGGAGGACAAUCAGUGGUUGGUGGAGGUUGACGAUAAGAUGUGGAAGAAGGAACAGGAUAUGAAUAGUCGGGGAGAGUCGAUUAGGAAUGUUGGGAGGAAAGAACGGGUGGAGAGUAUUAAGAGGAACGAGAGGAAGAUGAGGGCAAAUAUGCGGAGGGCUGGGACCACGAAGAGUUAG